AUAUUAUUUUAAAUUUCAAGACAUCCGUGCCAGUUGUGGCGGUGGACGCUCUCUCCAGCGUGAAAAUAGUAGCAAAAGGUUCAGCGCUCAUUGCCGUUGUUAACGUCAGCACGCCGCAAGGUGUCGUCAUGAUCUACGACAUUCGAUUUACCACUACCACCGGAAAAGCUAGCAUAUGUGACGUUCAACUGAUGAAAAUCGGCGCUAACUUAUGCGCAGACGACAAAAUCAAUGCAACCUUUACCUCAUCUGAUAGCUCUGCUUUCAAUGACGGCGCGAAUGUUACAUACGGAUCUGCAAACAUUGACACGGCAGCGAGCUCGUUAGAUGCGGAUAAUUUUUUCAGGUAUGAAGUGGUCGUCUGCGUUCCCGUCAACUCCCCGGUUUCUGUUGGAGCCAACCUGUCGCUCCGUGUGGAGGUCAGAUAUGACGUCAACAACUCCAGCAAGAAAAUCAUCGCCACAUUGCCCUUCAAUGUUUCCAGCAGCGUGCAUCCAAUGCUGUCAACAGGAAACGCGUCCGUGUUAAACACGACCGGUACAUCCGGAUACAUUUCUCAGACAGUGGAGGUGAAUGUAACGACAGUAUUCAUGGGGACGACUGCCGACUUUUCUAUUACAGUCUCCACCCAAGUGAAUAAUAAUACGGCGCUAGCUACCAUCAAUCAUGUAUCUAUCGCGCGGAUCGGUUCAAACCUGGUGUGCAUGGAGAAUCGCACAUUGACUCUCGUAUCCAUGACAACCGUGUCACACAGCCAGGUCACGAGCUUGACCUACAACCUUGGCCCCGUUUCUCAUCCGGGGUUCGAAGGCAGGAGUGAGUUAAUAAACCCGUCGAACAACACGAGAGAAGACGAGAUCGAGUUCAAAGUCUCGCUAUUGAUAUCUGACCACGUGAUGAACACGCAGGGUUCCUUCAUCGCCAUAGCAACCACGUUGACCGGAAACAACGGCGUUCCGUCGUCCGGACACACGUCCGUAGGCGUCCUCGUUACGGAAACCGAGCGUCCUGAACUCAUCAUCAGCUUCCUUAUGGAAACGUUUCUACACACGCAAAAGAUGUCUGGAGAUAACGUGACGUGCACGGUUCUACUGCGGUCAACAAACACCUCCACGGCGCAUGCGCAAGAUGUAGCCGUGCACGUGUUGACGCCCUCGUACGUCGGUUUUGGACAACUCAUAGACGCUGUUGACGCCAACGUGACUGUUACAACCGACCCGGCUACGGGAAUCACCUUCAAAAUUUCCGAGAUAGACUUCACAGAUAACGUCAGUUUUAUUUUCAACCUGGUUCUCGAUCCCAAUAGGGCCUUUCCGGUAGGUUUAAUGCACGUUCCCACUGUACUUCCGGUUGACGUCACAUACCGGGGUGCACAGCGUCCGGACCGCGCGGACACGGGCGAGCUGUACUCGGACAUCAUCGUAAAAGAGUUCGGCUUUCACACGGGUAGUCCGGCGGCCCUGGGUAUCGAGUCCGGCACAGUACAGGCCUGUCAGCUCACUGCAUCGUCCAGUCGGGCCUCCAACCCGCCCACACAGGCCCGCCUGAACGGAAGUGGCGGCUGGAAACCGCUCGUCCGGGGAGCGCCAUUUUGUGGCAUGGAAUAUCUGCAGGUUGAUUUCGGCUCUUCCGCCUACAUAACGGGCAUACGACUCCAAUCAAGCGCGGAUGACGCGCAAAAUGUGAUGACGUCAUUUUACGUAACAUACAGCGAAGACUCCUAUGCGUGGUAUAACGUCACUGACAACGGCGGAUUCGCGACGAAAGAAUUUUCCAUCAACGUUCCUGGUAACGCUAACGUCAAUGACGCCUAUGAUAUAACGCUGAACGAGACGCAACAUUUCUGGACACGUUACGUGCGCCUGGUAUCCACUGACACACGCUGUUCCGUGGGAGCGAGGAUAGAACUGCUGGGUGUUAAACAGGCAUCAGCGCCGGUUGUCUGCGCCACUCUGGAGACCUACGUGAGUCCAGUCCCGGACCAGAGUUACGUGGUGAACCCGACCACAGGCACCGUGUUCGUGUGCGGCCUCACGCAGAUACAUGGAGAAGUGGCAUGUUCUAGAUCAGACCAGAUCGGAGCGUACUGGCAAGCAAUUUACGACAACGUGGGUUACGUCAUUGGCGUUAUUGAUAAUACGAGUGACGUCAUAGCCAUGUCACGUGACAGCACUGCGCACCUCCUCAGUGAAGAUGACGGAAUCACGUGGGACGUUCUGACCAAUGAACAUCUGGCAGAGCUCCUGAGCCAACCAGGAUACGUGUCUGCCACGGUGUUUCCGUACGGUGACUACAGGGAUGUGACGGUCAACACCAUGUACAACAACCAUGGAGUCAACGGUCCAGGCUUCACCUUGACGGGUGUAAUGGAGGGCGUGGCAGUAAAGGACGGGGGCCCGUGGAACGUGCUGGCUUGGUGGGGCACCCAGGACUGGGACCUCCUCUAGGGGAGACAACCCACUCCUUCAUCUCGUGUAGGGGAGGCAACCACGAUAUACCAUUGGCGAGUUGUCGGACUUGUGUUACCAACCGUUAGCGAAUUUUGAAUGGUCGAUAUAUAAUGAUUUUGUAAAUAUUUGCGUGUUUGUUAAGAAUUUGUAUUUUACCGGCAACUGUUCUUCAACUAUUAUACCAGCUUCUUUGAACCUGCGUCCAAUAUUCAUUUCAAAUUAAGAUAAGGAUACGAUGAACUGUUUAUUUUAUAUCAGCAAAUGCUGUCAGAAUUUCCCACUUCUUUCAAUUUAGGCACGGCCUAUAGGAUGUUAAAACGUUUACAUAAACGUUGCAACAGUCUAGUUCUAGGAGAGUAAAAAUGUAUACAGAGCAACCAAUAAUAAACAUGAUUGUAACAAGGAUAGAACAAUAUAAAACAAAAAAGUAUUGUUAACGUUAGUCUAUUACAGUAUUUAUUGUCAUUUUAAGCUGAAGAAUACAUUCUUAAAUAAACUGCAUUAACUGUC